UGCUACUCACGUUCAUUCACCUGUAGCGAUGAGGGCUUCACUCUUUCUUUCCCUAAUAUCCUCCUCCCUCAGCGUCCUUGGACACGGACACAGCCAUGAUGGUCCUGCUGAUGGUGAGUCUGUGCAGGAGUAUGCACAAAGACACAUGGCAAAGGAGCACCAUAUAGAAUCUUUUGACUCGAACAGUUUCUUCCAGAUCCACGAUCUCGACCGGGAUGGGCACUGGGACAAAGACGAGAUUCAAGCUAUCUACGGUGUUCAUCACGUCUAUUCUCAAAAGAAGUCCAAGGAUGAUAUAGAGCAUCAAGAAAAGGCGGACCACAUAGUAAAGGUCGUACUCGAAAAGCUUGAUAAGAACGGGGAUGGAAAGAUUACCGCAAAAGAGCUUGCAGAUGUUGGACUUGGUGGCUUGCCAAACUUCGAUGACCUGGGUGCAGAAGGUCACCAUUACGAUGUCGAGAGCGAGUUUUUCUUGCACCACGAAGAAGAAUUUCAUAAUACUCCCGAAACUCAAGUUGACGAAGCAUAUAUUCACCCGGAAGACAUUGAACACUUUGCCCACCAUGAGGACAUCGAGCUUAAAGAAGCGGAGAAAGAGGCGGCCUACCAAGGAAUUACAGUUGAGGAGGUUUUACGAUCCCAUGAGCCCCCUCCCGAAGAGCACGUCCAAAUGCAAGGAGCAGAUCAAGAACCACUGGUUGCGCCCCAUCCUCAUGACGAGCAAUACGAAAAUGCCACUCCCCAAGGAGAAGCUCCCAAGCCAAAAAUCACCAGAGUGACACCCCCCGAAAAGCAAGAUCCUGGUGUCAGAUUCCGUGGUGCCAAGUCGGAAGGCGAUAAGAAGGGGGCGUGGGGUUCCGGAGAGGAAGGUUACCUGCCUCCGUCAAAUGCUGGUGAUAAAAUGCGUAAAAACAUGCCCUAUAAGAAUCGGAUGCAGUACAAGUUCAAACGCAAUUGGAAUGAUUUCUAGUGCUACUCCGAUGUAACCUUUCAUUUCCAUAUACCACUGUUAGAUUAUUCUUGUUUUCGGAUCCAGCUGUCGCAUGUUAAUAAAAUAUCUGAGGACA